GGGUGGAGCUACUAGCGGAAGAGGCGGAGUUCCAUUUGAGUACUCGCAUAGACUCCCUGUUUGGUUUGGGGGGCAUGUUUUCCAUGCGGUAACGCAGCGUCUCCGGCGUCUUCUUAGCGCCCGCCUGUCAGCAUGGCGAGCACAGUGAUCGCUGCCGGCCUCACCAUCGCGGUUGCAGGAUUUGCAGGCCGUUAUGCCCUGCAAGCCUUUAAGCACCUGGAGCCGCAGGUCAAGCAGGCGAUCCAGACCCUGCCCAAUUCGGCAUUUGCCGGUUAUUACAAAGGUGGAUUUGAACCCAAAAUGACUAAAAGGGAAGCUGCGCUGGUCCUCGGGGUGAGCCCCACAGCCAAUAAACUGAAGAUCAGGGAGGCUCACCGGCGGAUAAUGCUGCUCAAUCACCCGGACAAAGGCGGAUCUCCAUAUAUCGCGGCCAAGAUUAACGAAGCAAAGGAUUUUCUGGACUGUCAAGCGAAAAAAUAGAAGCGAGUGACCAAGAGCACCCUAGACGCUUUAUAACUUACCUCGUGGAAAAUCCAUCAUCCGGGAUUUCUGGGGACGUGAUUGUCAAUAAAGCUAAAUGAAUUGUGA